UGGUUGAUAAGUGCAGUAACAAUGAUAAGAAAGUUCAUUGGAUCAAAGAAUUCCUUCUGGGAAUGUCAAUAUAACAUCUGCUAUGGAUACAUUUCAGUGGGCGCGGGCACGUCCGGCUGUGUGGUAGCUAAUCGUCUGUCGGAGGACUCGCAGCAGACAGUGCUCCUCCUGGAGGCAGGAGGAGACGACUCCGAUUAUCCGGACAUCCAAAUCCCGCUGUUUGCUCCACGCCUGCAGAAGACCACGGCUAACUGGAACUACAAGACGGUGCCACAGAAAUAUGCUUGCAAAGGGUUAAAGAACCACCAAAGUAACUGGCCCAGGGGUAAAGUGCUAGGAGGUACAAGCUGUCUGAAUCACAUGCAGUAUGUAAGAGGAAGUCGUCAUGACUACGACUUGUGGGCGGAGCUAGGUUGUCAGGGGUGGAGCUAUAGAGAGGUGUUGCCAUACUUCAUCAAAUCGGAAAAUAACACGAAUAAAGAAUACGUUGAAUCAGGCUAUCACGGCAGCACUGGCCCUAUGGUUAUAUCUGAUGUAGGCAUCACACCGCUGUGUAGGACGUUUGUCCGUGCCGGCCAGGAGCUGGGGUACCAGGCGAGAGACUGCAAUGGCCAGGAGCAAAUAGGCUUUAUGGUUUCGCAAUGCAAUGUCGGAGACGGGAAACGUACGAGCACAUCUGCGGCAUUUCUGAAACCUGCAAUGGCUCGCAAAAAUCUACAUGUGGUUACGCAUGCGCAUGCGGUGAAGAUUGUUUUUGAGAAGGAUACGGCUAAUGGUAUUGUGUUCAGACGAAAUGGGAAACUCCAAACGGUGCAGGCUAGGCGGGAAAUUGUCCUCUGCCAAGGAGCUAUCGGCACCCCACAGAUCCUAAUGCUCUCAGGAGUUGGGCCUCGUGAUCAUCUACAAAGUUUACAGAUCCCGUUAGUUGCUGAUCUCCCGGUGGGCGAUCAUCUUCAGGAUCACGUGUUCGUGGACGGCAUCGAAUUCGAGAUCGAUGAUCCCAUAUCAAUAACCGAUCAACUUGUCAACUCUCUGAAAGCUAACGUAGACUAUGAAGUCUUCAAGAAAGGCCCAUAUACCAGCGCGGCUACAAACGAGGGCGUAGCUUUCAUCAAACGGCUGCCCAUGACCCACGUGACAAGUACCCGGAUAUUGAGCUACACUUAUUGGCAGGACUCCGUGCGAGCGGACCCACAUCUGAAACGAAAGCCAACUUUGAGGGGCACAAUACGCCUGCGCAGUGACAACCCAGACGAUCAUCCAAUCAUCGACCCGAAUUACCUAUCUGACAUCGCAGACGUCAACUCCUUAGUGGAAGAUUUGCCUACAAACUCUGCUCAACGGAUGCGUUCAAGCAACACGGGACUCGAGCCACGAAUCGGCUGCUACCCAGAUCCUCUGACAAUCAUACCGUUCUCUGACGCAUACUGGGAAAGCCUAGCACGCCACAACACGAUGACGCUGUACCACCCAACAGGCACGUGCAAGAUGGGUCACGCGGCGGACACCACCGCUGUUGUAGACCCCAAACUGCGGGUUCGAGGGCUGAGGAACCUCCGGGUUGUUGAUGCUUCCAUCAUGCCGGAAAUCGUAACCGGAAACACCAACGCUCCCGUCAUCAUGAUUGCGGAGAAGGCUUCCGAUAUCAUCAAAGCCGACUGGAUAAAGUCAGGCGCAAAACUUUAGCUCAUGCGCAUUAAGAUGCAAUCAGAAAGCAGUAUUCAUCAGCGGCGUAUGUGCGUUCGCCUAAGUCAAACACGUGAAAUGUAAUGAUAUAUAUGAUGUGUAAAGCCUGAUUAGGCAGAUCUGUAGCAAAUACAAGUCGUUAUCUGAGGACAAAUGUGAUUCUAUUUUACUCUCUAAUAAAGUUUACAUCAAAGGA